UUGUGCAUGCGGGCUCAGCCUAAUAUGAAAUUCAAUUAUUCACCCGACUCUCCAUGCAUACCAUUAUCGAAACCAAAAACCAAACGAGAGAGACAACAACAACAGCAACAAAAGAACACCCUGCACGACAGUUGGGCGGACAAAAACGAGCGUCUCGUGUCUUUUAGCUAUUUGCUUCCUGAACCAAGCCGCACUGCGUACCGUCGUCUUGCUGCAACAGCGAACAGGUUCGGCGGUGUUUGGGUGUUCGAAUCCAUUCGAAGUGUUGGAAGAAUGAGCCGGUGCGGGUGUAUCGCCAUCCUGCUGAUCGGUGCGCUAGGGGUCGGGUCGCACGUGGCCCUGCCCGCCAACGAGAGCCGCCGCAUCGACGUCGAGUUUUACAGCGUGCGCACCAACCGCACGUUCAAAUAUCCGACCGUUUCGCUGGGCACGUUUGGCCCGAACCGGCCCAAGUUCGCGAUCCGGGACAAUCGGUGCGAGUGCGCCGACCUCACGUGCACGUGCUGCGCCGGGCUGCGCAUGGAGCGGCUGGAGUUCGAUCGGCUGUUCUGUUCCGCCUUCACGUACGUGCCGUACGAGUUCGCGAUCGAUCUGGAGGUGCUGAUGGACGCGGAACCGAUCUACCGCAGCUCCCUGUCGGCCAAGAAUCCGCCCCCGCUCUGUCUGCCGGUGCCGAUCCCGUACGUGCCGCUGAACGCGAACCUCUGCCUGCGCCUGUUCGACGUCUACACGCCCCGCCAGAACCUGCACCUCUGCCUGGACGUGGAGGCGCGCGUGUGGGCCAACCCGCUGCUGAUACUGCAUUUCGAAUGUAUGCGGCUCGGUGCGGACGGGCUGGUGUGGCUCAAGCCGGCCGACGGCGACGGGUUCGGGCCGCCGGACCCACCGCACAUCGACACCUACGACGAAGUGACGGAAGACAGACUCGGCUCAAUUUAGCUAGCCCUGGC